AUGGCUGAACGAAAACGUUUAUCGGAGACAGAUAAAUCUCCAAAUAAAAAUUCUAAAAGAAUAAAACUUGUUCAAACAACAUUACCAAAUGAUACAUCAACACGUCCUUUGUGUAAAUAUGGUGCUAAAUGUUAUCGAAAACAUCCUGAUCAUUUACGAGAUUAUCGUCAUCCAUCAACAGAACAAAAAGAAGAAGAUGAAGAUUUAACAUCUAAAUCAUUUGAUUCUUCUCCUGUAUCAUCAUCACCACCACCACCACCACCACCAACAACAACUACGAAUUCAUCUUCAUCAACACCAGUAAAACAAACAACUACAUCGAGUAAUUCUACAAUAAGUCUAAUGGAAUUAAUGGAAUUAAAUGAUGAAAAAUUACUUUCACAUCUUUAUCAAAUGGAAUUUCCAUCGGAUCUUUAUGAAUUUUGGAAAUUUUGUUUAAAUAUAAAUAAGAAUAAUCCACGAGAUGUAUUGAAAAAUUUACUCAAUUUGGAAUUAGUGGGUCCAUUUGAAAUUCUUGAUGAUGCUUUAAAACAAUGCAAAACAGUACCUAAUAUUCAUUUACAUUAUCGCUAUUAUUAUGAUACACCUGAAUUUAUGACUGUUAUUCGAAUUCUCGAUAAAUCAAGUCAAUUUCAUAUCGGUUAUUAUAGAGAUUCACCUGAUGAACUACCAUCAUUUCUUGCUUCUAAUAAUGCAAAUGAGAAUAAUCGUUUUAAAAUUUGUGGAGAUAAUAUAUUUGCUGCAGUUUAUUCAUAUGCUCGUUCUAUUCUCAAAUCAAAUUCUAAAACUGAUUUACAAAAUUUUCUAACUGACCUCGAAACUUAUGCAAAAAAACACAAAUAUUCUCUCGAUGAAAUAACACCAAAAAUAAAUGUUCGAAAGAAAAAAGUUAAUUGUACAUUAUUAAAUUCUUUAGGAAUGGUUGUUCCUUUCGAAAAUGAUAUUGGUUAUCGUCCUGUUCCAUUUACUAAAGGUUAUUAA